UUCCGAAUCAUAAAUUCAAUUAAUCUAAAUUACAUAUUUCUGAAUUAAUUUGAAAGAAAUUGUACACUAUACAAAAAAUAGUAAAAGAUUUGUUUUUUGAAGCAUUUGCAAUAAUCAUUUGUUUUUAUUUAGAUGGUGUUUCUAUUGAUACAUUGGCCACCACUGCGGCUACUUCACCAAACGGCUCAACUGCUGAAUUUAUGGUUACUGGACCAGCAAGAUUUGACAAACAGCCUCUCGAUCAUUUAGAAAACAAAAUCAUUCAAUAUUUGGCGAGUAUAAAAAUAUUGUGUGAGCAAACCUUGACUGUAGUAUCUCAAACUUAUCGUCAACCGGCGGCUAAAUGCUUAAAACCAGAUAACUUACCAACAGAAUUUCCGUUGAAAAAUAUUGAUGAUUUGAAUCUUAUAGAUAAAUACUUGGACGAGAAGAUUAAUCGUGAUGUAUUGAUUUCUUAUUUGUCGUCUUUGGGAGGCAAUAAUGGAGUAAAUAGUAUUACAAACAGAAUCUUAAAAAGUGUUCUAGCGUUACAAUUGGCCCAGUUCUUGAGUUGGUUAGGAACAAGAAACAACAAAUUGAGUUUUUCUAAAUUCCAUUUGUGUAAUGUUAUAAUAAAUGCUGUGAAAAUUUCAACUUCUGCAACUACAGCACAAGUGGAAAAUGCGAUAAAGGGUUGGUUGAAGCAUGCACCACAAGUUUUAAAAAACGAGUUGGAAAGGCGUCAGAGCAGUAACGGACAAGAUGUACAAGAAAACUUGCAUAGGGAAGCGGCAAUUAUACCGCAGGAUUAAUGCUUGUAAGAGAGAAAUUAUUUCUACCUUUUUAAAGACUGAUAAUUCAGCAUUACAAAUUAGUAAUAGAGUUUUGGUGCCUUCAAAUAGUGAUUUUUCUACACUGAGUAAUAAUACAAGUCUUGCAGAACUGAACACAAUGCGGACAUUUGGUUUUACUCAUGAAAUAUUUGAAUCUUGUGAAUUUGUGAUUAACUCAACUAGUAAUAGUUAUAAUUGUAAUCCGCAAACAUUUGUCGAUAAAUUAAAGCAGUGGGCUAUCACAUCUCCUUCGUUGACAAGAUCAGAUAUUACUAAAUUACUUCACAUUUUAAAUAAAUUUUUUCCCGAUUUAAAACUUCCGAAAGAUAGCAGAACUUUUCUGGAAACUCCGACUAAUAUUAAUAGCAUAAAAUUGAACAACGGGACAUUCGUUUAUUUAGGAUUAAAUAAAUAUUUGAAUAACUUUUUAAGUAAUAUUGACAAUUAUCAAUUAGAUGUUUUAAAGUUAACAAUAAAUAUAGAUGGUUUACCACUAUUCAAAAGCUCUAAUUCUCAAUUGUGGCCAAUUUUAGGCUGUAUCAACUAUCUUAAUAAUACUCCGUUUCCAAUUGCACUUUUCUACGGCACUUCAAAGCCUGAACCUUUAGAAACUUUCUUAAAGGAUUUAAUAGAUGAACUUGACCCUCUUUUAACAUUAGGAUUUAGGUAUAAAAAUAAAGUAUAUAAACUAGAGAUAUUAUUUAUAUGUGAUGCUCCGGCAAGAGCAUACAUCAAAUGUAUAAAGUCCCAUGGUGGAUAUAGUUGUUGUGAAAGGUGUUUUGUUGUGGGUGAUUACGUCAAGGGAAGGGUGAUUUAUAAAUCAUUAUUAUCCAGAAAACGUACAAACGAAUCAUUUCGUUCGCACAUUGAUGAAGAUCAUCAUACUGGCGUAUCGCCCUUAACUAAUCUUCCAAUUAAUUUAAUUAAUGCGUUUCCGAUAGAUUAUAUGCAUAAUAUAUGCCUCGGAGUAAUGCGAAAACUUUUAACUACAUGGAUCUCUGGCUACCCUCAUACAAUUCGAAUGCCCAGUAAAUCCGUUAAGGAAGUUUCUAGUUUAUUGUUAUCCUUUAAAAAGCACUUUCCUGUAGAAUUUAACAGAAAAGCUCGCUCUCUUUCUGAGUUACCAAGAUGGAAAGCUACCGAAUUUAGAACUUUUCUACUUUAUUUGGGUCCAUUAGUCCUUAAAAAGUACACGGAUAUUGCAAUUUUUGAACAUUUUCUCCUAAUUCAUGUAGCUUCAACAAUUUUAAUUUGUGAUAGCCAUAUUGCUUUAUUUGGAACCGAUGAUGCAGGACAUUUUUUAAAUAUUUUUGUUAAACAUUGCGAAUAUAUUUAUGGUCCUGAAUUUUUAAUAUACAAUAUCCAUAUGUUAUCACAUUUAACAGAAGAUGUGCAAAUGUAUGGCACUUUAGAUAACUUUUCGGCUUUUCCUUUUGAAAAUUAUUUGAAUCAAUUGAAACGGAAAAUUAAAUCAACCGUUAAUCCAUUGGCAGAAAUUUAUAAUAGGUUAAUUGAAAAUAAUAUUUUUAAUAGUGGAAAGAUAUCAGGUUCACAUUUAGAUAUUGAAUUAAAAUUUGAAUACAAUCAGACGGUCGAAGUUCCGCUGGUGGAUCUCAGUAUACCUUACAAACAGUACAAACAAUUAAAGCGUAAGAAUCUUACGUUUUCUAUAUAUAACUACAGUGAAGGUGAUUGCUUUUGUAUUUUACUUACGAAAGAAGUUGUCAAAAUAACUAAUAUUGUAAAACAGUUAGGAAGAAUCCUCAUUGUCGGUAAAAAAUUUAAUUCUUACAGUUCGUUUUACAAAUAUCCUAUACAAUCCAAAAUCUUAUUAAUAUAUAAAGUAUCCAAUCUUUCGUCACAUUACUCUGUGUUUUCGUUGGACGAUGUAAAGGCUAAGUGCUUUUUGUUACCUUAUAAACCAAACAUAUGGAUAUCUUUUCCAAUUGUACAUUCCAUAAAAGAAUAGCAUAGUUUUUUAAUUUUUAAUAAUAUUUAGCUAAAUAUAUGCUGAUUAUUAUUGAUCGACAAUAUCGAUGUUAGUUUAUAGUUUUC